ACAAAAUCCUAUAAAGAUUUGAUAUAUGCACAGAAUAAUGGAUAACAAAAGCCUUUUGUUCUUUGCUCUUUUCAUCGUCUUUUGUCUACCUUUCGCUCUAUCUCAAGAAGUUGAUGAUGAACAUGAAUUCUCAUAUGACAUUAACAGUCCAAAUGGCCCGAACCAUUGGGGAGAGAUCCAUCCAGAGUGGAGUAUGUGUAAUAACGGAGACAUGCAGUCGCCAAUUGAUCUAACUCAUAAAAGAGUUCACACGACAUCCAAACUCGGAAGACUUGAUAGAGAUUAUAACCCUGCUAAUGCAACACUUAUUAAUCGGGGCCAUGAUAUGAUGUUGAGAUGGAUUGGAGGAGCCGGACAUAUUCAUAUAAAUGGAACUGAGUUUCAGCUAAAUCAAGCCCAUUGGCACACCCCUACCGAACACACCAUAAACGGCCGAAGAUUUAAUCUCGAGCUACACUUGGUUCAUCAAAGUAUAGACGAAAAGGUUGCAGUGAUUGGAAUUCUAUACAAAAUUGGUCGCCCUGAUUCUUUUUUAGAGAAGAUGGAGCCAUAUUUAAAAGCAGUGUCGUCUACAAGAGAAGUUGAAAAAAGCGUGGGGAUAAUAGACCCACGACAAAUAAAAAUAGGGAGUAGAAAAUAUUAUCGAUAUAUUGGCUCACUUACUACUCCACCAUGCGACCAAAAUGUUACUUGGACUAUUGUUCGAAAGGUGAGAACGGUUUCGCGAGAACAGUUGCGUAUAAUCCGUGAAGCAGUCCAUGAUGAAGCUGAUGCUAACGCAAGACCGCUUCAAGCCUUGAAUAAUCGUUGGUUGAAGCUUUACCGACCAGACGACAAGGAAACGAAUUAGGGUCCCGACCGGAUUGAUUUGCGACUCAUCAUCGACACAUAGUUUAUAUUUUUAAUAUUGAUCAUGAAUUUUUUACUUUUAUAUUUUUCCAUUCUUGAUUGUAUGGUAUACCAGUUGUCACUUGUUAUUAUUUUGUAUAAAAAAUACAUAAAAUAUAAUG